AUGGUGGGCCCGCUCUCGUCAGCCUUGCUGCUGUGUCUCCUGGCCAGCCUUCACCAGGUUUCAGCCCAGUGUGAUUUCUUACUCAAGUGCACCAAAUGCUGUGGUGACAGAUGCUGCGAACAUGAGGAUGUCGUCCCCAAACCCUUGAUAAUCCUCAUCUUCAUAUUGUUGCUGCUCAUCAUGUUGGUCCUGACCGAGUAUCUCUGUGGAAAUUGCAAGCCUUUAGAGAACUCGAGCCCUCCUGUGCAGUAUGUGGAACCAAUCUCAGUCCUGUCCUCUGGUGACCUACCACAGGAGACCAGUAUAUACACUUCUGAGCUCCUGCCCCCCUACAGUGAGAUUGUGCAGAUGCCCUUUAUGGACCUACCCCCCCUAGAACCACCCCCACCCUACAGCGCCAGACCUGAAGAACAUCCUGGGGUCCCUAAAGACAUAACAACACUGCCUUCUGAGCCACACACUCACCAAUGA